UAGGGUUCGAAUUUGCAUCUUCUUUUCUUUUUAGCUGGCGAGUGGAGUGGAGUGGCGCCUCCCUCUAGAUUUUCCGCCUAUAAAUACCACCCCUGGGCAAGCCUUGUGGAGAGAAAUCUACCACCUCUCUCCAUCUCCCUCCCGGCCUGCACACACAAGCAUCGAAGACUUCUCUGCCUUCUUCCUCCGCCAGUCUUCUUUCUGCCAUGAAACCCCCUCACUUCACCGGGGAGGCCGCGGCCAGCGCCUCAUGGGCUCACGAGGUCAAGCAGGCCCUCCGUGACAAGCUCCGGUGGACACCCCCCGCGGGCACCACGGGUACCGGCGGCGGCGCCGCGAGGCCGCCGCCGGCCUCCUCGGCUGUAACCGCCGAGCCGGCGGCGCAGCCUCCCCACGGCGCCGACUGCCGGGGCUUGGCCGCCGCCGAGGACCCCAUCAGGAGGGUCAUGUUCUUGGCCCCAUGGGGCCACACAUAAACGAGAAAGAACGCAUGCAUGCGUAGGCCGGCCAUGUCUUGUCUUGGCCGGAUCUGCAACUGCACCUGAACAAAAACCAUGGAGUACUACAUACAUAUAUAUAUGUGGCCAUGCAUAUGAACCAUGAACAUGAACUCAUCAAGGACUAAUGAAAAACUAGAUCGAGAUGGGGCAUGAUCCGAGAGAGAUGUGCUUGAGUAAGUAGUUUAUGUUUCUCUUGGCGGUCGAGAUGCAUGGGGAGAGCUCGCCUGACGGGUUCGUGCCUGCAUGUGGGUGUUGCUGCCUGCCUGGGUUGAAGCUGCGCAAGAGCUGCAGCUUUGUUGUAGCCAUGAAGGCAUGAACCUGUUUUUUUGUUUCUCUCCACAGUCUGUACCAAGAGCCUGUGAAAAGCUAUGUGUGUAUGAAUGAGACUAUGAGCUAGUAAAAAACUCCUCCUUUUUUCCA